CCUUUAAACUCACUAGUCUUUGCUUAUUACACGAUACUUGCAAUAAUUGAAUGUGCAUGCUAUAUGGUCACGCACUUUUGAUCAUUUCAAUUGGCAGCAACUCAAGCACUAAAGUCUAAACCUUAUCCAAUCUUAUAUUAAAGAAAAGAAACAGGUACGCUAGUGAAACUUGGCAACAAUCUCACCAAAACAUUAUCUGAUUCAUCUCAGCAAAAAUGUCAGCAACAUCUAAAGAAGGAGAGAACUUAAGCACAAACGACAGGGCCAACCGACACCCCUCAACUCCUUCAUCGCACACUAAAAAAUGCCCUUUGAAUGCCAAUUUUGUGAAGAUGGUGGUAGAAGAGCUAAGAGUCCAACGAGGGAUAGCCCUUCCACUUGUGGCCAUGAACUUGGCUUGGUUCGCCAAGUUAGCCAUAACAACAGCUUUUCUCGGCCACCUUGGGGAGCUGAACUUAGCCGGUGGCGCACUCGGGUUCAGUUUUGCUAAUGUCUCCGGCUUCGCUGUCUUGAACGGUCUAAGCGGCGCCAUGGAACCCAUUUGUGGACAAGCACAUGGAGCCAAGAACGUGAGGCUCCUUCACAAGACCCUUCUCAUGACAACCCUCUUGUUGCUUUUGGUAACACUUCCCUUAUCUUUCUUGUGGCUUAACGUUGACAAGAUUUUGAUUCUUUUUGGCCAACAACAAGAGAUCUCAAUAGUGGCCAAAACCUAUGUUUCCUAUCUCAUACCUGACUUGUUUAUCAAGGCACUCCUUUGUCCCUUAAAAGCCUACCUCAGCUCUCAGUGCAUGACUCUUCCCACCAUGUUUAGUUCUGCUGUGGCACUAGCCUUUCACAUACCCGUUAACAUACUACUCUCCAAAACCAUGGGACUCCGAGGAGUUUCAAUCGCGGUUUGGGUAACCGACCUCAUUGUUAUGGUUAUGCUUGCAAUUUAUGUUGUGGUUCUUGAGAGAAGAAAUGGGAGCAUGUUGUGGAAGGAAGGAGGGUGGUGGGAUCAGAACAUGAUGGAUUGGAGUAGGCUAAUCAAGCUUAGUGGAUCAUGCUGCCUCAACACGUGCCUUGAGUGGUGGUGUUAUGAGAUUCUACUUUUCCUCACUGGCCACUUGGCAAAUGCAAAACAAGCAGUGGGGGUUCUGGCCAUAGUGUUAAACUUUGACUAUUUGCUUUAUGCAGUGAUGCUUUCUCUAGCCACUAGUGUUUCCACUCGUGUGUCCAAUGAACUUGGUGCUAACCGUGCUGGUCAAGCUUAUAAAUCAGCACGUGUGUCUUUGGCAGUGAGUGUUAUAUCGGGUUGCAUUGGAGGUUCCAUCAUGGUGGCUGCUAGAGGGGUUUGGGGGAAUUUGUUUAGUCAUCAAAAAGGGGUUGUAAAGGGUGUGGAGAAGGCAAUGUUGCUGAUGGCUCUGGUCGAAGUGUUUAAUUUUCCUGUGACGGUUUGUGGAGGCAUAGUACGAGGAACUGGACGACCCUGGCUAAGCAUGUAUGCUAGUCUUGGUGGGUUCUAUUUCCUGACACUACCAUUGGGUGUGGUUUUUGCCUUCAAGCUUCGGUUUGGACUUGGUGGACUCCUUAUAGGACUCCUGAUUGGUAUUGCUGCUUGCUUGGUUCUGUUGUUAACAUUUAUUGUGAGAAUAAAUUGGGUGGAAGAAGCUACCAAGGCACAAACGUUUGUAUGUAACGCACAGGUACAUGAACAAGUUUCAAGAAAUGAGGUAAAUGAACUUACUGAAAACCCUGAAGGUGAUCAAGUGUGCAAAGAAACCUCUAUCACCCCAUAUUCAUGUAUAUAACACUUGGUGAGGAAGAAUCAGAAACGUAUAGAAGUCGUAGACACACUCAAGAGUCAAAACCGGUGAUCAUACUCCAAUGUUCAUUUUGCUGAGUCCUUUCUCAAUACCAUUCUGAGUGUUUGCGAUCUCGGAUUUGAAAAUUACAAGAUUAUGCAUUUUAAAUCAAUAGGUAGAAGUAGAACUACCCGUUGGUCUAAUAUUUGUAUUGAAUGAUCAGAAUGCACUCAAGGAAAAACUAUUUAGUUCGUACAUCUAAA